AUGCUCCGGCGAUGGCCCCGCGCCCUGCGCGCCCUGAUCCAAUCCUCCCGGAUUGCCAGGCACUCCCCGGCCACCCUGCCAAGCCUGUCGGCUCAAUCGGAGCCAUCCCUCGCAUCGGCUUCGCGCAGGCUCUGCGCGUCCCUGCUGAAUGGCGCCCUGCCGCCGUCCGCCCUCCCGCUGGGCCGCCUGCUGCUGUCGGAGGGGGCCCUGAUCCGAUGCCGCGCCCUGGAGUCCAUCGCGGAGCUCCGGGCAGAUCUGGCGAGCGGCAGGCUGAGGCGGGGGCUGGAUGAUGCGGUGGACGCGGUGCGGCGGGCGCACAGGGCGGCGGCGAGGGAGGUGGCCAGGAAGCGGGCGGAGCUGGAGUUCAAGGCCGUGGCGCUGCUCAACUCGAUCGUGGUCAGCGCGCCGGGGCAGGAUGUACUGCGCUUUGGGAUCCCUGCGGCUGCCACUUUCGUCUUCACAUCACCUGCCGUGCUGCACAUGCGAGGGCAGUGGGCGUCUGCCGCUGCCAGCAACCCGUCUUGCACCACGCUGGCCACCACGUCCCCUACUGUCAUCCAAAUCUUUAUUGAGAGAGUUCUUGAGGAGCUGGCAUUGCUGCUUAGGGCCGUUUACCUGGGGUUGCUUUUCACCCCUGUCAUUCUCACUGCACCCGUGCUCUUGCACUUUGAGGGGAGCCGGCUGAUGUGGUACAAGCUGGUGCUGUGGACGCUUGAGCAUGCAGGGCCGGCAUUUCAAAAAUGGGGCCAGUGGGGGGCCACCCGACCAGAUCUGUUCCCGGCCGAUCUGUGCCUCGCCCUGGAAAAGCUUCAAACAGACGCACCAGUGCACGAUCCUGGCUACUCGAAGAUGGCAGUGGAGAGGGCCUUUGGUCUGCCAAUCAGCGAGAUCUUUGACGAAUUCGACAUCAAACCGAUCGCAUCUGGCAGCAUAGCGCAAAUUCAUCGUGCCGUGCUGAGCCCUGCCAGUGCGUCAUGGACCGGGUGCAGGGCGGGGACGGUGGUGGCUGUCAAGGUCCGCCAUCCUGGGGUCAAUGACCUUGUGAGGAAAGACUUUUCGUUGAUGAUGAGGACGUUCUCUCUAUCUGAGAAGCUGCCUGGCCUUUCAAAACUCAGGCUGUCAGAGAGUGUCCGGCAGUUUGGCGGCCCACUGCACGACCAGUUGGACCUUGUCCGGGAGGCCAAGAACCUGGAGAAGUUCAACAAAAACUUUCGAUGGUGGAGCCAAAUCGGAUUUCCUGACCCACUGCAUCCCUUCGUCACACCCUCUGUCCUGGUGGAGACAUUUGAAAUCGGCAAUGGCAUGUCGGGGUAUGUGCACAGCCCUGAUGGAAAGGAUACGGCAACGAUUGCAAAGAUUGGGUUGAACAUGUACUUGAAGAUGCUCAUCCGGGACAAUUUUGUGCAUGCGGACUUGCACCCUGGAAAUAUCCUUGUCCGGCACACUGACAGGCGGUCAUGGUUGGGCUGGGCGACCCGAAGGUUUGGGAUGGGAUCUCCUACCAACUUGGUGCUUCUGGAUGCUGGGAUGGUAACAGAGCUGUCCAAGGAUGACCAGAAGGGUGUCGUCGGGUUCUUUCAGGGACGGGACUCCUUUAUCUCGAGCAUGAAGGAUCUCUUCGAUGGUCUGGAUAAGGACGCCGUUCGGGAACACACUGCAGAGGUGAUGCGGGCGAUGCUGGAGAGGGUGAGGGAAUAUGAGGUGACGCUGAAGGGAUCGGUGAGCUCACUUGUGGCCACAACACUGGUGCUUGAAGGUUGGUCCACCAAACUGGAUCCUGAUCUCAGGAUAAUAGAGCAGAUGAGGGAGGCACUGCCCGUUGGGCAGGAACAGCGACGGUCGCAGGUGCUCCAGGAUAUAGCCAUGUUGGGGUCCCCGGACGAGUUGUGA